AUGGCACAGCCUGCAUCUUCCAACAGCGACGUUUGCCUGUACUUCCUCGCCAUCUUCGUACCACCGGCGUCUGUCGGUAUCAAGAAGGGCUGUGGUGCCGAUAUCCUCAUCAACAUCUGCCUCUGGGUCUUGGGCUUCAUUCCUGGGGUCCUGCACGCCUGGUGGAUCAUCUCAAAGAACCCAGAUUACAAUUAG